UCCUUUUGUGUGCUUCUGCGGGGCUGCUGUACUGUCUGGCUGGGACGGAGGGCUUCCACACUAAGCAGGCGACUACACACAUUAAACCAAUAAAGCGGCGGGGUUUUUUUUAAUCUGCCCGGGAUUUGGAAAUUAUUGUAAUCGUAUUCAACACAUCUACCCAUCAAGUUGGAGCUCUGGGGACUUUUAUUAUCUGGCUGGUUUGCAUACGCUUUAGUGAGCCACUGCAGUAGCAACAGACUAAGCACGCCGUCACCGCCGCUGCUGCUGCUGUUGCUGUUGUGAGAGAAGAAAACAAGCUUCAGCGAGCAGUCCGCUAUAGCUGUGUGAUCAUUGACAGAGUUCAAUACACACAAGCUUCAAGUGAUAACUGGUGGGAGCUUUGUGCGGCGCACCUCUGAGCCUCUUCAAGGACCGACUGCUGGGUGUAUUUUUGUCACCUAAGUCGAGGUAUUAUAUUGUAUAGGUGUUUUUUGUAUCUCAGCCGCUGUCAGGAACACGUUUGCACAGUUUCCACCAGCUUGUCUGCAGCCCCCUCCCAACCCAGACAGUCUUCUGCCCCAGCAUGAAUGAAGUCAGUGUUGUGAGAGAGGGAUGGCUCCACAAGAGAGGUGAAUAUAUUAAAACAUGGCGGCCUCGUUACUUCAUCUUAAAGAGUGAUGGUUCCUUUAUUGGCUAUAAAGAGAAGCCUGAGGUGUCCAGUGACCACAGCCUCCCACCACUCAACAACUUCUCUGUCGCAGAAUGCCAGCUGAUGAAGACAGAGCGCCCCAGGCCCAACACGUUUGUCAUUCGUUGCCUGCAGUGGACCUCUGUCAUCGAGCGCACCUUCCACGUGGACAGCAACGAGGAGAGGGAGGAAUGGAUGCGAUCAAUCCAGGCGGUGGCAAAUAGCCUGAAGAGUCAGCAGCAGGAUGAGGAGCCCAUGGAGAUCAAAUUUGGCUCCCCGAGCGACAACAGUGGCACAGAGGAGAUGGAGAUUGCUGUGUCCAAAUGCCACGCAAAAGUGACCAUGAGUGAUUUUGACUACCUGAAGCUUCUGGGAAAGGGAACAUUUGGUAAAGUGAUCCUGGUUAAGGAGAAGGCCACAGGGAUGUACUACGCUAUGAAAAUCCUCCGCAAAGAAGUCAUCAUUGCUAAAGAUGAGGUGGCACACACUGUUACAGAAAGCAGAGUUCUCCAAAAUACGCGGCAUCCCUUUCUAACAACACUAAAAUAUGCAUUUCAAACACAUGACCGGCUAUGCUUUGUGAUGGAGUAUGCAAAUGGAGGAGAGCUCUUCUUUCACUUAUCGCGGGACAGAGUGUUCACAGAAGACAGAGCACGAUUCUAUGGUGCAGAAAUAGUGUCAGCACUGGAGUACCUACACUCACGCAAUGUAGUUUACAGGGAUUUAAAGCUGGAGAACCUCAUGUUAGACAAGGAUGGCCACAUAAAGAUAACAGACUUUGGGUUAUGUAAAGAGGGGAUCACAGACGGUGCCACCAUGAAAACCUUCUGUGGAACCCCAGAGUACCUGGCACCAGAGGUGCUGGAGGACAAUGACUACGGACGAGCAGUGGACUGGUGGGGACUGGGUGUGGUCAUGUAUGAGAUGAUGUGUGGUCGGUUGCCCUUCUACAACCAGGACCACGAGCGUCUCUUUGAGCUCAUCCUCAUGGAGGAAAUUCGGUUCCCCAAGAACCUGGCCCCUGAAGCCAAGGCCCUGCUGGCUGGCCUGCUCAAAAAGGAUCCUAAACAAAGGCUUGGAGGCGGACCAGACGAUGCCAAAGAAGUGAUGAGCCACAAGUUCUUCACCUCCAUCAACUGGCAGGAUGUUACUGAAAAAAAGCUUAUUCCACCCUUCAAGCCCCAGGUAACAUCAGAGACGGACACGCGUUACUUCGAUGAUGAGUUCACGGCACAAACCAUUACAAUAACUCCUCCAGAUAAGUAUGACAGUUUAGAUGCAGAGGAUUCAGAUCAGCGUACGCACUUCCCUCAGUUCUCCUACUCUGCCAGCAUACGGGAAUGAUCACUUAGAUUCUUUGAAAAAGCAGGCAGGCUAACACACAAUCACAAUCCCACAUACACACUCGCACUGCUGGGGAAUCAGAAUGACACAAACAAAAACUGGCACAAGACACAUUUUCAUUUGGUCUUUAAUGCACACACACACACACACACACACACACACACACACACACACACACACACACACACACACAGACAGACAUACAGACAUAGACACCCACAUACAUACUGACUCAUAGGAUCAAGAAAUGAACACACAGACUGUGAAUGACUGACCUCAGCAGGUUUGUGUGCAUAGACUGGCAGCUUUGUCUCUGUAUGUCCUCUCAGGGUUGGCUUUAGGCUUUCCCUGCAGGACCUCUGCUGCACUACACUGGGCACCACAUCAAAGCCUUGAUACUUUGAAAACCAGGUUAUGCCGGCAAGUACCACCUCUUUACCAGCUGUACCCAUGCUACACACCCACACACCCACACCCACACCCACACACACACACACACCCACACCCACACCCACACCCACACCCACACACACACACACCCACACACACACACACACCACACACACACACACACACACACUCACUCACUCACUCACUCACUCAAUACCAACCAACCCAUGCAUAGACUGCAUAUAUAUACACAAACGUACUUGAUAGAAUUUUAAAAAAGUGUAAUCAAAAUUAGGAAAAUGGAAAAGAUUUGGGGGAAAAGACAAACUUUUAUUUCAUCAGUUGUUACGGUUUUAAAUGUAAAGCCAUAUUUCUGCAUUUUUUGUGAUUUUUUUUCUUUUUUUUUUAACAAGUGCUCUUUCUGGAAGUUGCUGUUACAAAUCAAGUGUGGGACUGUUCCUACAGUAGGGGGAAAUGGGGAAGAGGGGGAGGAUGAGGAGGAGGGUUGCCAUUUCUGUGUUUGCACUGCAUAUGUGUAUAUGAGUGGAUGCAUGAGUGUAUGUGUGUGUGCAGAUGAGCAGAGGAGAAUGUAUGAACAACCAUUUUGAUUCUCAACCAUCCAUUUGUGUCUGUUUUUAUGCAUGUUUUCAAAAACUCAGAACUAUUGCUGGAAUAUUUUCAAGAGGACACUACAUGGCACACUCAAUGGCCUUUUCUUUAAAGGGAACAAGCAUGUAAUUUUGAUUGCUUUGACCAGCUUGGCGCCAAAUUGACUCUGGAUUUAGAAACUGGGAUUUCAUGCAUGGCUGAUCUUUGCUUUAAAUGCUGCAUUAAUUUAACUCAUGAUGCAGUAUUCAGGCUCAUUAGAGUCCAUGUUGCUGUGUCCAGACUGACUGACCAACCAACUAGAUGCUGGUUGCAGAUGUGAGAGUGAGUUUUCAUUAAGGCCAGUCGUGCUGUGUUAAAGACAGGAAUAAUGGAAGGAAAGAGGAAAGAAGAGACUUGACCACAGUUUUCCCCAGCCCGUCUAGAGUGACCAAUGAGACAAACGCAGCCAUUGGCUGUCCUCAGUCCAGUAAUUCUCACUCCCUAGCUGAAGAGUUAGGCACCAAUCUUUUGUUCAUUUUCUAUUUUUAAUAUCAGUGUAAAUGUUUAAAAUAUUUUUAAAAUAAGCCUUUGAAUGUUCCUGUAUUUAAAGAAUGAAAAAGUUCAAUCCUUGUUAAGUCUUUGUAAUGAGGCCAAAAACUGACUGACUGACUUGGUGGAUUUUUAACACUUCAAAUGAUUCCACAUUUGAUGUUUAGAGGCUUUGGUUUGUGUUUUUCUUAAUGCUGUGUCGAAGCACUUAAAUCUACAUAGUUGUAUGUCUGGAGCAAAAGUCUACAGGUUUACAAUCCAACUAAAAGCUGCAUGAGCUGGUUGACCAACCUUCAACCUGCAGACAGGAGCAACUAAUCAAAACAUCAGCUGAUGCAUCCUGCAGGUGAAAUAAAAACCUGAAUUCUUUGAGUCAUGACGGCACAUGAUUGAGAGAGGUUCUGGACAGCAUAUUGAAAUAUGAUCAUAUUGACAUAAGCAUUUUAUAAUUCCAUAUUGCUGGAAGAAAUGUUAGAUGCUCUUUGAGCCUCGCUAAAGGAACAUCGAGGACAUUUUUGUUUGUCAUUGUUUUGUUUUUAUUGUUUUCUUUCUCCUUUUUGUCCAUCUAUUUCUCAAAUUUUGGAAGACACAUUGUCUUGUUUAAGUAUACAUUAUAUAAAAUAUAUAUAUUAAAAGUUUUUAAACUGC